AUGUACCGGAAUCUAAUCCUCCUCCUCGCCACCUACCUGGUAACACUGGCUGCCAGCCAAACCAUCACCCCCGAAAACACACUCACAAACCCAGAUCCAGGCGCCGUGCUACCUCGAUCCGGCUUCCAAAUACUACCCAAGAGGGCCCCUCCCAAGAAGACCCCUCCCAAAGUCUCACCCCUGCAACAGGAAUGCAAAGACAUCAAGAUCAAAGAAGGACCCUCAGUUUCUAAAGGCCACUCAGCACAGCAACUCUUGACAGCAUCUUGCAACGUCCCGGGGACGAACAAAAAGCAGUACUCCGAGCUGAGCCUGGACCGUUGUCUUGGGUGGCACAAGAACAAUGACGGCAGCGGAAGACUUGUUGCACAGAAGCAUGGUGCUGGACUCUCCAAGGCAGGAGGGGAGUGCUCGACAUGUCGGUAUCUCAAUUCAAACCCUAAUAUGCUAUGCUACUGCGCGAAGGUGCGCGACAAUGAGAAGACCUAUAUGAACCCGGUUACGGCUACGUGGACGGGUCCUGUGUUUUAUAACUUGUGUAAGUGCUCUAUGUCACAUAUAUGGACUGUUUUCUGA